AAUCGAAAUUUUUAACAUUAUAUAGCCGAUUUAUCUGUGUAUAUUACACGCUUCCAAUGGGACAUGGCCAAGUAUCCAAUUAAGCAAUCUUUGCGCAACAUUGCCGAUAUUAUUUCCAAACAAAUCGGCCAAAUUGAUGCUGAUUUGAAAACAAAAUCUAAUGCCUACAAUAACCUUAAGGGUAGUUUGCAAAAUUUGGAAAAGAAACAAACUGGCAGUUUGUUGACCCGUAAUUUGGCCGAUUUGGUUAAAAAGGAACAUUUCAUUUUGGAUUCUGAAUAUUUAACCACUCUAUUGGUGAUUGUACCCAAAAUGUUGGCCAACGAAUGGAUGGCUAAUUAUGAAAAAAUCACCGAUAUGAUUGUGCCUCGUUCAUCGACUUUGAUUACCCAAGACAAUGAUUACUGUCUCUACAAUGUGACCUUGUUUAAGAAGGUUGUAGAAGAGUUUAAAUUACAUGCCCGCGAAAAGAAAUUCAUUGUACGUGAUUUCGUUUACAAUGAAGAAGAAUUGGCUGCUGGUCAAAAUGAAAGAACUAAAUUGAUUACCGAUAAGAAGAAGCAAUUUGGUCCUUUGGUUAGAUGGUUGAAGGUUAACUUCAGUGAAGCUUUCUGUGCUUUAAUACACGUUAAGGCUUUGCGUGUAUUUGUUGAAUCUGUAUUGAGAUACGGUUUACCAGUUAAUUUCCAAGCCAUUCUUAUUGAACCCAACAAGAAGAGCAUGAAACGUUUACGUGAUUGCUUAAAUCAAUUGUAUGGACACUUGGAUGGUGCUUCAGCUGCUGGUCAAGCUGGCAAUGCUGCUGAUACUGUUGACAUACCCGGUUUAGGUUUUGGCCAAUCUGAAUACUAUCCCUAUGUAUUCUAUAAACUUAACAUUGAUAUGAUUGAAACAGCUAAAAUGUAAAAAAGUAAAAAAAAUAAUAAACUAAAUGAAAUGUUAUGUUAAUGUUAAGAACAAAAAAAACCUCUGCUAGAAGACAUUCUAAUUAAGAAAAAGUCAAAAAACAAAACGUUUAAUAUUCCCCAACUAAAGAACGUAAACCACAAUAAAUACAAAAAUAAAACUUCUUAAGUAAUUGUUUAGCUUAAUUUUUAACAACAACAAAAAAACGAGUAAUAUAUAAUAGAUGUAUUUGUAAAAUUUAAAAAAAAAAAAUGAAAGAGUAAGAAUGAAACUAAACUAUCAACCAACUAACCAAAAUGUAUAUGUAUUGUAAAAAACAAAAAACCCUUCAACUUCAAAACAACAACAACAUUUUAAUUAAGAAUUAUAACAAAGAAACAAAUUUAAUAGCAGUUUAUAACAACAGCUAAGUUUGAAUUAAUAUAAAGCUGUGGCGGCGGCUUUUCUUCUAUUAAACAUCUUCACCAACAACAACAACUGUUCAUCCAGUUUCAUAAUUCUAACUCUUAUAUUGUUAUUUUUGUUUUUCUUUCUUUCUUAAGAUUUUAUUAUCGUUUCCUUUUUAUCUUGUUUUAUUACAAAAAUAUAAAUUAAGCUAUAAUUUGUGUUUCCAUAAUUGUUUUUUCUUUCUUUAUUCCUUUGUAUUUAAGUUUUAAAAAAAAGAAGAAAAAUAAAAAAAUUCUUUUAAAAUUUCCUGUUUUGUUUAAACAAUUUGUUAACAGUAUUUUGUGUAUAAUAAUUUGCAAAGAAAAAUAUAUGUAUAUUAUAAAUAAAUAAAUAAUAAAA